AUGGACUAUAUGCGGAAAGAGCAGAACACCCCGCCCAGGGGAACCCGUUCUUGGUCCAAGGAACCAAGCAAGUUCGACAUCGUGUGGUUCUUGCUCUUCAGUAUCACGGCUCUCGGCCUGACUCUCGCCGUCUCCUUCAGCUGCUCCACUGUCGCGACGAGCAACCUCCACAUGUAUUCGGUCAGUCCGGCCGCCUUGAUCCAGGGACUGUCGCACUCCUCAAAUACAACUCGGCGGUCUGGCAACAACAUAUCAAAUACUACCAAGGGCCUGUGGACAGCCGAGUUUGGCAUCGCCGACCUUCCAGAUCAAUAUCUCUUCGGGAUCUCUGGCCUCUGUCGCUAUUGGAACCAAACCGACGAAACCACAUGCCGAUACCACUUUCCGCAAGUCCCGUCCCUUCUCGAAGCUGUACAUGAGGACUCUGGCUCCUCUAGCAUCCAAGACAACUGGACACAGCUUCUGACGCAAACCAAAAUCUCCACUGUGGGGAAAACCAUGCUCUACAGACGCUUCGUCACCGCAGCUGCAGGCCUACUCAUCACCUCAAUAUUAUUCGCCUUCGGCAUCAUCACCUUCACGCUAUUUCGACCAGAGCACCUCAAGAUAUCUAUCUUUCUCGACAUCGUUGAUGCUAUCAUGGCCAUCACUGCUGCCAUCAUGUGGAGCAACAUCCAAACCUCGCAGGCGAGCGCGCUCAGGGCAGCGGCACCCGAAGCCACCGGGGUGAUGCUCAACCAGAUGAUGAAGGUUGGCCCCGGCCUCGGUUUCAUAUGGGGUCUGGCUUGGUCCAGCUCUGUUGACUACCCACACUAUCAAUCCACGCUCGACCCACAUCUCCCCGAGACUCAAGCUCCACUAGGAGUGAUCGAUUUGCAGGAGCAAUACGAAUCUGACGCAUUCCAAAGUUGGCAUUCCUAUAACCCCUGCGAUAACGCAUUGCUCCCAUCUGUCCCAAUCGACCAUGAGCCUUCGAGUCUUGACAACCUGACAGCCUUCAAUAACGACGAUACAAUCUUGGACAUUCCGUUGACAUCCCACCCCGAUCCUACGCCUGACCCCGUGUCCGCUGGCUCCAAGUCCAGUUCAAGCCCCAAAGAGAUAUCUUCCCAGCCCGGGUCAAACUCCGCUUCAACCUCUCGCAUCGAGAAACGCAAAGCCAACACCCUCGCAGCUCGCCGAUAUCGUCAAAAACGCCUCGACAGGGUUGCUGAGCUCGAAUCGGCGCUCGAGGCGACUCGGCUCGAGAGAGAUACGCUGAAAGUGCAGGUUGCCAAGCUGCAGGGAGAGACUCAAGUAUUGAGAGCUUUGGUCCGUGGUGGGCCUGGCGGGGGAAGGGGGGUGAAAACAACCUAG